AUUAGGUCAUUAUUAUUUGUUUUAUUACCUCGGUUUACAUACAUCCAUUUUUACAAAUUUUAUAAAUCUGUGUGUGUGUACUAAUUCCUACAAUAUAUUUUAUUUUUUAUCUCUUAUUUAUUGAUUAGACGUAUCAGUUAUCAUAAAUUAGUAUACAUUAAUACGAUUUUCCUACCACUGCCAAAUUUGUUGCUGUACAAAUUACGUAAGAAUAAAAAUAUAAAGUAAAUCAUUAACACUAUUUGUAUUACCUACUAAAUUAAUAGUUGAUCAACAGUCCGAUAUCUUUAAAGUUUUGGCUACGAACCAGCUAUGACGCACUCGAGAAAUUCAAUAUAAAAGACAACAACGAACUACAACACGGGCUAUUAAAAAAAAGGUAAUAUUGAUAAAAUGGUGGUUAAAAUUAUCAUCAUCGGAGCUGGAGUUGGUGGUACAGCAGCAGCUGCUAGACUUAGCAAAAAAGGAUUUCAAGUAGAAAUUUAUGAGAAAAAUUCAUAUAAUGGUGGAAGAUGUUCACUCAUUCAUCACAACGGACAUCGAUUUGAUCAAGGCCCAUCAUUGUAUCUGAUGCCUAAAAUAUUUGAGGAGACAUUUGAAGAUUUGGGAGAGGACAUUAAAAAUCACAUCGAUUUAUUGAAGUGUCCUUCUAAUUACAGUGUACAUUUUCACGACGGGGAAACAUUCGAACUUACCACAGAUAUAUCAAAAUUAUCUCGUUCUUUGGAAAAAUACGAAGGCAGUGGUGAAUCAACAUUGAUUAAUUUUUUGAGAUAUUUAAAGGAAACCCAUGUACACUAUCAAAGGGGCGUUAAAGUUGCACUCAAAACCGAUUUCCAACAUUGGUAUGAUUUUUUCAAUCCAAAAUUUUUACCAGACAUAAUCCAACUACAUCUAUUGGACACUGUUUACGCCAGAGUUUGUAAGUAUUUCAAGAGUGACUACAUGAGAAAGGCGUUUUCAUUCCAGACUAUGUACUUGGGAAUGUCACCGUAUGAUGGCUUAGCUGUAUAUAGCUUACUUCAGUACACUGAAAUAGCUGAAGGGAUUUGGUAUCCGAAAGGAGGCUUCCAUAAAGUUUUGGAAAGUCUUGAAAACAUUGCUGUACAACAUGGGGCAAAGUUCAAUUAUAAUGCCGAUGUCCAAGAAAUAAUAGUGGAUGACAAAGGAGUGGCAAAAGGAAUCAAAAUGGUGAAUGGUGAUGUGGUAAAUAGUGACAUUGUAAUUUGUAAUGCAGAUCUCGUAUACGCGUACAACAAACUUUUGCCAAAAACGUCAUACGCUGAAAAACUCGGGAAAAAAGAACUGACUUCGUCCUCGAUAUCAUUUUAUUGGUCCAUGAAAACAAUUGUGUCACAAUUGAAAGUUCACAACAUUUUUUUGGCCGACAAAUAUAAAGAAAGUUUCGAUCAAAUAUUCAAGGAUCACACGUUGCCCGACGAACCAUCGUUUUAUGUUAACGUACCUAGUCGCAUCGAUCCGACAGCGGCGCCAGAAGGAAAAGACACAAUCAUUGUUUUAGUACCGGUGGGGCAUAUAUCAAAUGUUCCUAAUAUUGAUUUCGAUCAACAUGUGAAGAAAGCUAGGAAACAAGUAAUCGAUACAAUAGAAAAAAGAUUGAAGAUAUCCAACUUCAGAAGUAUGAUCGAUCAUGAGAUAGUGAACGAUCCGAGAACAUGGCAAAACAAUUUUAAUUUAUGGAAAGGGUCUAUACUAGGAUUAUCUCAUUCAUUAUUUCAAGUUUUAUGGUUCAGACCUAGUUUGAAAUGUAAAUUAUUUGAAAACUUAUACUUUGUCGGUGCUUCGGUGCAGCCUGGUACUGGUGUGCCAAUAGUUUUAUGUGGUGCAAAAUUGCUAGAAAAACAGUUGUGUGAUAGGUUCUUGAAUAGUAAAGUUACAAUAAGCUCAUGGACGAAGUAUGUUUCAUUUUUAAUGGGUAUCAUUAUAGCACUUCUGAUUUUUUGCACUUCUGUAUUUUAAUAAUAACAAAGUAUGUGUAACUGACCUACCUAUGUGUAACACGUGUGCUCAAGUGUUAUUUGUAUAUAUUUCAGGCAUUUUUGUUUGCUUUUUUUAAUAUAUUUUCAAAAACUUUAAAUUUAUAGUUAUUAAAUUCAGUACCUAUAUAAUUCA